AUGAGUGCGACGUCAACUCCCAAAAAGACUGUCACACUCACCUUAGACAUGAUAGGUAAGAUUAACAAUGUAACUGAGUUGCAAAGAAUAUGCUCUCAGCUAUUUACAUUGAAAGAAAAAUUAAACAAUACAAAAAAUGAACAUUUGGCACUUAUUGAGCGCCAAAAGAAUCAAAUUUCCGAGAUGGAACUUGAAAUACAAUGCUCAAAAUCUCAAUUAAGUUCAUUUCAAGAUCUCGUUCGCGAAUCUGUCGACGAAAAAGAAAAAUAUCAAAAGAAAUGUGCAGAACUUGAAGCUCAAAUUGCAGAUUUUAAAUCUAAUAAUCUUCAAUCUGAUCCAUUAAAUAUUACAACACCUUCUCAAGAUUCAAAUAGCAAUUUGGAGGCACUAAAGGAGAAAGACAGACAAAUUGCUGAGAAAGAAGAAAUCAUUCAAGCUCUAUCUCAAAAGAUUCAAACUUAUUCCGAUCAAUUAGCCGCAACUACAACUCCAUCGGAGUUCGAAGCUAAAUACAACGCAGAGAAGGAGGCUUUCUCUAAAUUUAAAAAAGCUGCAAAAGCCGCGAUUGCUCAAGUUCAGACUGAAAAUGAAGAAUUAAAGGCUAAACUGGCCAAUGCAUCAACAGAUAACGAAUACACCAAGCAACUAGAACAGCAAAGGGAAGAGGCUCUUCAAAAAGUAAAAGAAUUAACUUCGAGAAACUUAGAAUUAGAAGCUCAAGAAACAGACUUCAUUUCUAAACUUGAGGAACUUGAUACAGAACUGCAGCAACUCAGGUCAAAUCAAAAUAAUAAUAUUUCAAAUUUGAUUCAGAGUCAAAAUAAUCAAUAUUCGCUUAAGGAAGAUAACAAAGAUUCUCAAGAACUCUCAAGCCAAAUCCAAAAUCUUAAUUCAAUGGUCCAAAAAUUACAAAAUGAAUUAUCAGAAUCAAAAUUAUUGAACGAGCAAAACUCCUCAAAGAUUGAUGAGUUAAAUGCAUUAAAUAAUAGCUUGAUUGAUGAAAAAUCAAGACUUGAAUCUGAAUUAUCAAAUGCAAAAGCGAAGGUUGAACAAAGCAACACAAAUAGUUCUGCUAUGGCACAAAACAAUGCUAAAUUGCAAGAACUUAAUGAAAUGAUUCAGAAAUUGACAAAUGAGAAAAAUCAACUUGAAAAAGACCUCAAAUCUCAAAUUGAGCAAGACAAAGCUAAACUAAAUGAACUUUCUCAACAAAAUAAUAAGAUUUCCGAAGAAAAAUCUCAAUUACAAAAAAUUUAUGAGCAAAAUAACACAAAAAUGCAAGAAUUGAAUCAAAAAUUAGCCAAUUCUGAGGCUAAAAUCAAUGAUCUCAAUGCAUUAAACCAGAAAAUUUCAGGAGAUUUGAAUAAUUCCAAAUCUCAGAAAGAAAAAGAGAGUUCCAAACUACAACAGCUUAAUCAGAACUUGUCUGAAGAGAAGGCUUUCAUACUUCAGCAAUUGAACGAAACAAAAAUUUCGAUGCAAAAUUUGAUGGAAGAAAACGAUCAUUUUUCAAACGAAUUGAAGCAGUCCAAAUCAUUAAAUGACCAGAAUAAUGCCAAAAUCAAAGAGUUAUCUGACCAAAAGUCCCAAUUACAAACUAAUAUUUCCAAAUUAGAAAAAGAAAAGUCAGAUCUCAUUAGCAAACUCAAUGAUGUAAAUAAAUUGGUCGAACAGAGUUCUCAAAAAUUACAAUCAAAUAAUAAUGAAAAAUUACAGCUCGAAAAUGAACUUAAGGCAUCUAAAUCAUUAAUAGAGCAAAGUAAUAUUAAAGAACAAGAGUUAAAUCAAAAGAUUUCUCAAAUUCAAAAUCAAUUAAAUAAUUCAAAUGCGAAAAUCCAAGAAUUGAGUGAAAAUAUCAUGAAUCUGAAGUCAGAGAAUGCCAAAUUACGAGAAAUGAAGCAAAAAUCUGAAGAAAAUUCCGAAAAUAAUAUUAAUCUUCAAAAGAUCGAAGAAAUGAACAGAGAAAAGGAAGAAUUAAUCAAGUCAUAUAAUGAUAAGAUAGAUAAUAUGACAAAUGACUCAAUACAAUUAGUAAAUCAGAUAUCAGAACUAAAGAACACGAUUUCUAAGCUCCAAAACGAGAAAAUCGAGAUCCAGAACAGAAUGAAACGUGAAGUAUCCGCAGUCACAGAACAGAAGAAUGAAUCAAUCGAGAGAUUGCAACAAGAAAUUCUGAAAAAAGACGGAAUAAUUAAUGAACAAAAAUCAAAUAUUUCAGAAUUAGAACAACUAGCAUUACAACUACAAGAAGAAAACAACACAUUCCUUGAUAGUAAAGAAGAAUUCGAUAAACUCAAGGAAGAAUACGAAAAAAUGAAACAAGAUUCGAAUAAUCCAAAAAUUAAUGAGUUGGAACAAAACGUUAAACAACUUACGAAGGCUCUCCAGAAGACACUGAAUGAUCUUAAAGCAGCAAAGAGUGAAAAUGAACAACUUUUGCAGUCAAACAACUCUGAUCAAAAAAUUAUUUCUUUGAAUAAAAAGAUUGAUUCAUUAAAUCAAUCAAUUAAUGAUUACGAAGAGACAACAAAAGCUUUGGCAUCAGAGAACUACGAAAUAACUCAGAAAUACGAACAACAAAUCAAUCAAAUAUCAAAUCAACUUAAUGAAAAGAAUGUUUUGUUGCAAGAAAAAGAAAAACAAAUUAAUGAUUUAGAACAAGAAAAUAAAGAAUUAAAUAAUCAAUUAAAUGAAAUGCAACAAGAUAAAGAAGAAAAAGAAGAAAGAUAUCAACAACAAAUCAAUGAUUUGCAGAAAAUAAGUAAUGAACAGCAGAAUGUUCAAAUAAUUGAAUUACAAACAGAAAACAAAGAAUUAAACAAUCAAUUAAACGAAAUGCAGCAAAUUAAAGAGAAAAGUGAAGCAGAAUAUCAAAAGCAAAUUAAUGAUUUAUUAUCUAAUAAAUCUAAUAAUUCUGAAAUGAUUGAAUCAUUAAGAAGAAAACUUCAACAAAAUGAAGAAGAAAUUACUAAUUAUAAGAAACAAAUUAAUGAAUUAAAUAAUACUAAACAAAAUAAUGAAGAAAUCAUUAAUUAUCAGAAGCAGAUUAAUGAAUUGAAGAAAGAAUUAAAUAUUACUAAACAAAAUAAUGAUUUGAUAGCUAAUUAUAAGAAGCAAAUUGAAGAAUUGAGUAAACAAAGCAACGAAGAAGUUGUUAAUUACCAAAAACAAGUUGAAGAUUUGAAGAAUAAAUUAAUUGAUUUGCAGCAAAAUAACCAGGAAAUCGCUAAAUACCAACAACAAAUUGAUGAAUUAAAUGAAGAAAAAUCUAAUUCUGAGAAACAAAUCAAUGAAUUAAACCAAAAACUGAAUCAAAACAACGAAGAAAUCAAUAAAUAUCAAAAACAAAUAGAAGAUUUGAACCAAAAAUUGAAAGAUUUGCAGGAAAACAACCAAGAAAUUGCAAAAUAUCAGAACGAAGUUGAUGAUUUGAAGAAGAAAUUCGAUGUUAGUAAUGAAGAAAUUGCUAACAAAGAAAAAGAAAUUGAAGAAAUGAAGAAGAAAGAACAAAAUUAUUUGAAGCAAAUCUCAGAAUUAAACAAUCAUCUGAUGGAGAAGCAAUCAGAAAUUGUUAAUUUGAACUCUAAAUUAGAUAACCAGAUCUACAACUUGAAUACAAAGAAACAGAACUUAGAAAUGAAUUUGAAUGAUUUGCAGACGAAAUUAAAACAAAUUGAACAAGAAAAUGCAAAUCUGAGUAAAAGAAACAAAGAUUUAGAGAAUGAAUCGCAAAACCAAGCCAAAAUAACAUUGGAAACACAGAAUAAAAACGUUGAUUUAACAAACAAAGUUAAAUCUCUUGAACAAGAAUCACAAAAACUGAUUCAACAACUCUCUGAAAUUACAAAAUUAAAUGCAAAUUAUUCAUCUGAACUUGAAGAUUUAAGAGAAAAGGUUUCUUCUUUAACAACUUCAAACAAUGAAUUAACAAAAUCUAAACAAGAAUCAACAGAAUUAGAAGAACAUUUGAGAAAGGCAGUUAAUGAUUUAACAAAUGAGAAUCAAUCAUUAACAAACGGAUUACAAGAAACAGAAAGAUUAGUUGCAGAACAGAGGAAAACAAUGAAGGAACAACAUGAUCAAUUUACAGCUUUGGAGAAAGAAAAUCAGCAGUUGAAAUCAGAGAAAACAAUUCUGCAGAAACAGUUGGAGAAAAGCGAAAUUGCACAUCACGACGAAGAAGUCGUGAAAGAGAAAGAAGAAACAAUACAAGGCUUGAAGAAAUUACUUCAAAGAUAUGUCAACACGACAAAGAGGAAUCAACAACAAAUUGAUGAUUUGCAACAACAAGUUACAACACUUUUGUCACAACAAAAUACAAGCGUUGGAACAGAAGACAGCAACAAAUAUCUGGAAACAGUUCACAGACAAGAAGAAAGAAUCAAAGAACUUGAAGAAAGAUUGGAAUCAUCACAAGCAACGAAAGAUAUCGAAAACAAAGCACAAAAAAUGGCUAAAAUGCUUGAAAAAUCAAGUCGCCAAUACACGGAGUUAUUGAGUGAGAAAGAAGACAUUUUGAAACAGUUGAAUCAAGAGAAAGAGAAGAGAUUCGCUAAGUUUGAAGUGUCUAAGGAUGUUUUCUUCGAGAUGGCAGAGUUAACUCCGGAAGAAGAAGAAAGGAGAAGGAAGGAAGAACUCAGUGAAGCAGAAAACGAAAAAAUCAAAGUUAUGAAUGCAUAUUUGAGAAGAGUUUUGCUUCAGUUCUUCAUGCAGGAUACCAACACGAGAGAUUCAUUAGUUCCUCUCAUUUUGAGCAUUGUUGGAUGCACAGACCAACAAAUCCAAGCUGCACAGAAACAAUGGGAGAAGUCUAAUCAACUCAUUCCGAAAACGACUAGCUUUUUCAGCUUUAAAUAA